UUAGGGAAGAUAAAACACGACGCACAGGGAUCACUAGCAGUGUAUCACUGUUAGCUCGGCUACCGAAAUGUAAAUUGUCGUGGCAAAUAAAGUGAUAUUAUCUGGACUGUUAACAGAGCCGACAUUUCAAGCCCUUUCUCUUUUCACACUUUCCGAAGGACGUUUUCCAGAAAGCAUCUGGAAAAGUUCAGUUAGCAAGCUUAGCUGAAGCUAACAGCGCUGGGUCCCAUGUAAACAGCCACGGUUUGUAACGAGAAAGGGAUUCGCUGCUGGUGAUUUAAUGACAGUCACGUCUUAAACAAUUCUCUGCUCCCAGCUCAGAUAUCAUGUGAUAACAAACGACUUUUCGCACUGCGUUUGAAACACAGCGGUCGCGGCUAAAUAACUUGUUUGCGGUAAUUAAAAAUAAGACACAACAGCGAUUUUACGCUGUACAGUGAGAAGAAGAAAUGUGGGGUGAAAUCGAUGAAGGACACAAACCAGUGACUUCUGCGAUCUUCGAAGCACAGACGACGAAAGAAGAUGACGAGAUGGUCCAGGCGACUGAUAUCUCGGCGCGAGAUAUGGUUUCCUCACAGCCUUCAAAGCCCCAGGUCCAGGAGGAAGUUACCAGCAGCCUCACUUCAAUGAUGCAGGCCAUAGCAACCAGUGGAAGUCCAGUGAAGAGCCAGCAGCUGGGAGAGCCUGAUCUUACUGUGGAGGAGAAAAAGGAAGUCUUAAUGGAACAGUAUAAAGUCAAGCCUUUAGUCUUUCUAGAGCGCUAUCAUGUACAUAUGAAGCCAGAGCACUUAGAGGCCUUUUCUCACCUGAGCAGUGACUGUAGAGCACAGUACUACUGCACAGAGGUUCAGAAACGGGCAUCCAGUUCAGCCAACCGGACGAGGGUCCGCAACCAUCGCUAUGCCGCCCUCCGAGCACUUCAGAGGGAGGGCCAGUACUUUAGUGAGGAGCAGAUGCGUUUUCGAGAGCCUCUGCUGUACGAGCAGUACAUUGGGCAGUACCUGAGUGAGGAGGAGAUUCUGCAGCGCUCUGAAGAAGCCAUGCAGAAAGGCCCAGGAAGUCUGGCUGACCUGCUCAUCGACUCAUAUCAAGAGAGACAGCUCCAGAAUCGGCUGCAGGAUGAGCAGGAGAGACAGCAAUGUGCAGAGGAGGAGGAGGAAGAGGAGGAAGAAGAGGAGGAGAAUGAGGAGUCUAGACAGGCAGAGUGGGAGCCAACUGCUGAAGAGAAGGCAAUGCUGAGAGAAGAGUUUCUGAGUCAGAUGCACCAGCGCUUCUUGGAUGGCAAAGAUAAAGACUUCAACUACAGUGAAGUGGACGAGAACCCAGAUUAUGAUAACCUGGACAUUGUAAACCGUGAUGCGGAGGACCGGUACUUUGAUGAAGACGAAGAGGAUGAAGAAAAUAUGGAAUAAGAAAUUUUGUGCAUUUGAUUUAAAAGAACAUUUCAAACCUUUAAAAGCAACCCAAGAACAUUACUUUUUUAUUUUCUGUACAUUGAAAAUGUUUGAUUGUACAUUGGAACUACUUUUUAAUGACUAGUUAAUUGUUGAUGUCAAUAAAAAUAUUUGUCUUGA